AUGAUUCGACUUUAUUUCAUUGUUAUUACUUAUGUGUUAAUUAUCAUUCCACAUACCGUCAAUACUUUUUUUCUUCAAGAUGUGGCAAAUAUUACUGUUCCACGCAAUCUUACAUGUAAAUUAAAUACUAAUGAGUCGGCUUUAGGUAGUUUUCAGUUAUGUGCUAUUCGUAUCUAUCGUCAUAUUAACGAAUCGUCCACAUCAUCGGUCGUGCUACACAAUGGUCUUCGCUAUAUGAAUACAUUUCGUCGACUUAUUCAAAAUAACUGCAGUAAUAAUGUAAAUAUGUCACAAGCAGGUACCGGUGUAUGGACAUGUGGCGUACGUUUCCCAUUCGAAUCGUACACAGAUUUGCAGAUCUGUGUUUGUGCAAGUAACAACUGUAACGAAAACUUAAAUACUUGUCAAGAGUCGGCUAUGAAUUCUACAAAUAUGUCAUCAUCAAUUGAUUUUAUACCUAAUCUAACAUCCAUUAUUCAAUGCAAUGAUACAUUGAAUGUAUCUAAUACAUAUGUGAAAGCAGGUGAAACAGGUCUUGGUAAAGCAGCAACUGCUGGUAUAGCUUGUGGAAUUAUUUUUUCUGCUCUUAUAUUCACUGUUGAAAUUAUCUACUUUAAAUUUAUUUAUUCGGGAGGCGCUAAUAGUGGUCCUAGUCGAUCAGCUGCUUAUCGAACAUGA